AUGGAUGACUUUACAACGUAUCUGCAACACCUCCAAGACACCCGCCUAGCCGACGACCCCUUUGAAGACAACUACCACAGCUGGUGGGAUACCAACACCUCGGACACCGCCGCCGCCAACAUUGUCCAAGCCGCGCAAGUGCUGGCGGAAGCGUUGUUCGCGUCGUCGGCCGCCAUGCCCGGUUCGGAACUCCUCGCAUCCAUCGCUGUCAACGCCACACUCGCCAGCUCGUUGUGGACGUGCAUCAGUAGUCCCAGCGGUGGCGACCAUGAACGACCUGUGACACUGUACUCGGACAACCGAAUGCCGACGAUCCGGCUCAUCAAGUUGUACGUUGUCGCCGAUUUGGCCGACACCAAGAGGGAUGACGCGUUCAAAGUCAACUUGUAUCCAAACGCGUGCGAGACGUUCACUAGGACGUUCCAGGUGUCGGCACUGUGA